AUGGUGGAGUUCGUGUCCUUGUUUUUGCCAUGGGAGCGCAGACUGCAGACCUUUGCGGUCCUGUAUUAUGUCUUCAGCAUCAUUACCCUGACCUUCAUCUGCUAUGUGGUCUUCAUAGGCCUCCUGUUCACAAGAUUCUGGAUCUUCCCUAUCCUGUAUGCCACCUGGUGGUACCUGGACCGAGACACGCCAUGGCACGGAGGCAGGCACAUCCAGGCCCUCAGGUCAUGGAUCUUAUGGAAGUACAUGAAAGACUAUUUCCCCAUCUCGCUGGUCAAGACUGCUGAGCUGGAUCCCUCCCGGAACUACCUCGCUGCCUACCACCCCCACGGGAUCAUGGGCAUUGGAACUGUUACCAACCUGUGCACUGAGGCCACUGGCUUCUCCUCAAUCUUCCCUGGCAUCCGCCCACAUCUUAUGACACUGAACAUGUUUUUCCAGGUCCCCUUCAUCAGGGAUUACAUCAUGUUAGGGGGGCUGGUCUCAGCAGACAAGGAGAGUGCUGCUCACAUUCUGAGCAGGGAAGGAGGCGGCAACCUGCUGGGCAUUGUUGUUGGGGGCGUCCAGGAGUCACUGGACGCCAGGCCUGGAGCCUACAAGCUGGUGCUGCGGAACCGCAAGGGCUUCAUCAGGCUCGCCCUGAUGCACGGGGCAGCUCUGGUGCCUAUCUUCUCCUUUGGGGAAAAUGACAUGUUUGACCAGAUUGAGAACUCUCCUGGCUCCUGGUUGCGCUGGUUCCAGGAACAAAUUCUGAAGAUCGUGGGAGCUUCCAUUCCACUCUUUUAUGGCCAUGGUGUUUUCCAAUACAGUUUUGGUCUUAUGCCCUACUGCCGGCCCAUCAACACUGUAGUGGGGAAGCCCAUCGAGGUGCAGAAGACACCACAUCCCUCCCAGGAGGAGGUGGACAGGCUGCACCAGCUCUACAUGAAGGAGCUGGAAAACCUCUUUGAAGCCCACAAGCUCAAGUACAACGUCCCCAGAGACAAACACUUAGAGUUCAGCUGA